AGUCUUGAAGGGCAGUGAAAUAAUCAAGAGUCAGGGAAGGCCUCGUUAGCCUGGAAACUAGAAGGGCAAUUAAAAGUUGAGACGAAAAGUUUUCAGAAUGUUUAUCCUCUUGGGAACUUAGAAGAGUAGGGAGCUUGGUUGCAGAGAAGUAGCUGAGGAAGGGGGGGGGCGGAGAAUGAGUAAAGGAACAUACCAAGAGCAAGUAAUUGUCCUUUGGGGAGUCUUAGUUCUGAAAAGUUAUCUCCUAAGGCUGACCAAGUAAAACCUCCAUCCUCAGGAAAAGAGUGGACAACUUCUUCAAGGACUACUUCCUAAGAGAUGUGCUACCCCUCAUCCAAAUGAGUUCUGUGCAUGAGAUGAACACUCAGCCUCGGUGAGUCCCCCAUAGGGAAGGUUAAGAGGAGGUGGUGAGAGGAUAGACCCCAAAUCCCCAGGAGCAGCCAGGACUGGCCUGGGAUCCUCUACUGUGUUUUUCUCACUGGUUGCAGCUGGAGGCUCUUUGAUUCCUCCCACCACCUAGACAAUGCAUCUCACUAUUUUCAAGCUCCUCGAUAGAGUCCUUGGUCUUGUUCAGUCACCCAAUCAACAGUAUUAACUGAAGUGCUUAGUAUAUACAGACAUAUAUUCAAAGAAGUAAAGAGUGGAGGUCAAAGCAAUAUGGCUCUCUUUUUGGCCUUAAGACAUCUUCAUUAACUUAGAGAUAAGAAGAAGGAAUGGAGAAGAGCUGGACUUGGCAUAGGAACCAAAGGUAGACAUAGACUCCAUAUUUUCUUGAAAACAAGGAUGGUGAAGUUCUCAAUCAUCAAGAAGCAUAAUCCCUGUGGAACUAAGGCAGGUUUGGUCCCUGGUCUGAUGGAAAACUUAGUGUUAGGGGUCAUCCCACUCUAGGAAUGAUGUGGCAGUAAUUUUGAAAGAAGCUCAUGUAUCAAAGGCCACAAGUCUUUCGGCUUGACCCAAGCAGUUUUCCCAUUUUUAUUUAUAUGGCUCCUUCCCUAUUUCCUUAACCUCUGUUUUUCAAGUCAACCUGGUCCCAUUCAUUGGCAUUCCCAAAUAGUUAUUUGUGAUAUGAAUGCUUUGGUCUCCAAACCCAGCAACCAGUCAUACCUGAUUGCCUACAGUACUACUAGUUAUGCAUACUGACGGUGAUCAAAGAAUGAAGAAUUUCUUUUUCCCUUUUAUACUGCUUUAAACUAUAGCUUGUGUUUGUUCAUUUAUUUUAGAUUUUAAUGCUGGGAGAAAUCUUGCUGUUUACCUAAUUUGCUCAUUCUACAGAUGGAGAAGCUAUGGCUCAAAGAGGUAAUAACAUACAAUAAUGCCUACAUGGAUUAUUGAAACAGGUUGAAACCUGGGUCUCUUUACUACCAAUCUACAUACACAUUUACGACAUCUACUUUUUCAGGAAGCAAAUGCACAGACUGUUUCUUUGCUUCUACUUCAUUAUUUCUAUGUAUCUGGGUGGCUGUUUACAUAGUACAUCUCUACGUCUCCAGUUAUCAGACUUGAUACUCCAGCAUCCUCCGAAAAUUCUGAUAAGGUCAUGAUUAUUCUUUCCCUCUAUCCUCCUGCCAGGCUGUUCCUGGAGGGGGAGACCAGGCUGUAUUCAUCCCUAUUAUCCUAGCACCUGCACUGGACCAGGGAUAACUCAGUGCUCAGUAAAUGUUCACUAAGUUGAGCAAAGCAGAAUGAAAUUCUCUAAUUAUCUCAAAAAUCAGAGGAUGAGGCUAUCUAUUAACAAAAAUAGUUUAUAAUCAUCUGAAAAUAGCAUCAAAAAUUUGUUGGAAAAAUGUCCUUAAUUUCCUUGUUUAUAAAAUGAAAUGGGUAGAAUACAUGAUCUUUGGGCUUCCUUUCAUUUCCAACAUGUUUUAUUCUCUCAUAUAGUAACAGGGCCCUUCUGGAGGGAAUCAGGAUCCAUGUCUGUGACUCUGAAGGUGAGGAUUCUGGAUGCUACACCAACCUCUGGAUUGUAGUAGACCAGAGUUGAGUUACUUCCUCUGCUGAUACGAGGACAAGGCUCCCUGAGGCAGUACUCAGAACCCCAGCCACCAGCUACAGCACUCUGGCCCUAGGACCCAUCUCCAGCCCCGAGAAACCUAAGCCAGUUUCUAUUCUUAGCAGUCUCUGCAGUGACAGCUUCUGGCCACCACAGGGCCAGGGCUGACUGGAAGGGAAGAAACGCCUCCUCCGUUCAGCUUCUCUGCUCUCUCUCUCCAACAAUAAAAGCCCAGGCCAGUGUUCCCAGCUGGAAGGCAUCUGAAUUGGAUGAUGCUCUUCAGUUCUGUCAUAUUUGAGUCUGUGACUCCAUUCUGGUUUUCUGAACACUGACGUAUUAUUGCAUUUGUCCUUUGUUCAGCUGUCUCACUUGCUUCUCACGUUUUUUACCAAGAUCUAAUUUUUAAAAUCUUUUAUUUCUGUGGCACUGCUGAUUUUCUAAACACAAAUCCCUAAUGCUGAAAGGCAGCAUUUUGUAGAAGAUCGAUGAAAGCAUAGUGACUCAUAUGCUCAAUAAAUACUUUUAAGAAAUGAGUUAACUAAUUUACUAAUUUUUUUAAGAGCAGGAAGUAUGCCUUGAGAUUAAAUUUCUAUGAAGAAAAACUGAUGGCAUUUAAUUCCAUUUUUGUAGAGGGCUGGUCGACAUGUUGGAAGGGGGAUAACCCAGCACAAUCUUAGCUGAGAAAGGAGACGUCACUGCCUGUAAAAGGAUUCAGUGGAUUUCAGUCACUUCAUUCUCAGCAGUUACAUGUGAGUGUCAUUGGUUUCCAAAUGUUCUCUUUACAUUGUUUUGUUUAUUUAAACAUCUAAAUAAUUGCCUGCCACUUACUACAUAAAUUGCACAUUAUUGAGAAGGAAGGCAUAAUCACAUUGAUAAUUACAACUACAAAUUUAAUUAUCUAGCUAGUAACUUUAUUCUUCUCCUUCAUAGUACUUAGCACAAUUAUACCAAGUUAAUUUUUUGUAAUUACUAAUGUGUCCCUGAUUACGUUAUAAGAUGCAAGGAAGCAGGACUUGUGCUUCUGUCUUUCUGGUUGACGGACAGGUGUCUGAUGUCCAGCACAGUCGCUGCACAGAGCAGGUGUGUACCAGAUAUUGGUUUCAGGGAUUGAAGCCUCUUUUGGACUGAUGGGCACAAUGAGAAUGACGUGAGAGGAUUCCUUUCUAGGCAGUGACCUAGACUGGACCCAAGAAGAAACAUGAAGAGAAACAGAACCCAGCCUUUUAGGAACAACACUGAGGAGGCUGGGCUGCCCUCUUGGUCUCAGAUGUCUGAUUAUAACACCCUACCCACUGUUCCCCCUGCUGAAGAAUCCUUCCUGUCCUCUCUGUUCUCCGCUGUCCUUCCUUCCUUUUUCAUUUUCCAUUCUUCCUUCUUUAGUUUUUUUCUCUUUUCUUUUCUUUCUUUCUUUCUUUCAAUCAUUUUUUCUCCCUUUUCUCCAGCACUGUUUUCCCCCUAUUUUUCCUUCUGCCUUGAUAGCAUAUCUCCUCUAUAACUGUAACUGUGCUGGAUCUUAGACAUAAAAGUUGACCAGAAUAGGGACUUUAUCCUUGAGAAUUCCACAAUCUAGCGUGAGGACCCUGAGGUCCCUUUCUCCAGCAUCAUCAUUGCAUUCUCCCUCAGCACCUAGGUUAAGGAACCUGAGGAGAGGUGUCCCAAUUCCAGCGCCAGUCAUAGCCCAGGACUUAACCCUAAACUCCUAAACUAAGACCAUCACUUGUCCCUUCCUGACUCUGCAUUUUCCCCAACAGCGUGACCCACUUGCUCCAUGAGGAGGGACAACCUGACCUGGUUGAGUGAGUUUGUCCUAAUGGGGCUCUCCAGUGACAGGCAGAUCCAGGCUGGACUCUUUGUCCUAUUUGGGGCUGUCUAUCUGCUGACCCUGCUGGGCAAUGGACUCAUCAUACUCCUGAUCGGGCUGGAUGCACGCCUGCACCUUCCCAUGUACUUCUUCCUCUGCAAUCUUGCAGUAGUGGACAUUGGCUGCACCUCCAGUGGGGUCCCUCAGCUGCUGGUGCACUUCUUGCUGGAGAAGAAGACCAUCUCCUUCACCCAAUGUGCAACUCAGCUCUUCUUCUCACUGGCCCUUGGGGGCACUGAGUUCCUGCUGCUGGCAGCAAUGGCCUAUGACCGUUACAUGGCAGUCUGUGACCCACUGCGUUAUGUGGCAGCGAUGGGCCUGAGGCGCUGUGUAGCACUGGCAGCAGUCUCUUGGCUUGUGGGCCUGGCUAAUUCUGCAGUGGAGACAGCGGUCACCAUGCGCCUGCCCACCUGUGGGCACUACGUGGUCAACCAUGUGUCCUGUGAGACACUGGCAUUGGUCAGGUUGGCCUGCGUGGACGUCACCCUCAACCAGCUGGUCAUAGUGGCCUCCAGCGUGGUGGUACUACUGGUGCCCUGUUGCCUGGUCUCUCUGUCCUAUGCCCACAUUGUGGCCGCCAUCCUGCGGAUCCGUACUACAGGGGGACGCCGCAAAGCCUUUGGGACCUGUGCCUCCCACCUCACUGUCGUCUCCAUGUCUUACAGGAUGGCCCUGGUUACCCACAUGCAGCCCAGCUCCACAGACUUAACUGAGCAGGACAAGAUGGUGGCGCUCUUUUAUGUUGGAGUGACUCCCAUGUUGAAUCCACUCAUCUACAGUCUGCGGAACAAGGAGAUGAAAGCUGCUCUGAGUCGAGUUCUGAUGAGGAGUUCUGAAGCAAAACUUUAGUAUGUGACUUUGUCACAAGAAGGCCUCACUCUGCAGACAGUGGGCACUGAAGCGUGCCCUCCUCCAUAAUGUCUGUACGUGCCUGUGUAUGGGUGUGUGUGCAUGUGCAUGUGUGUGUUCACUUGUGUGUAAGGGAGCAGGUGGAAGGACCACAAUCUGCACUACUAUCUUUUGAGGUAAUAGAGAAAUGAGGUUUUACCUCUGAUCUCUAUUUUUGAUCCCUGUCUUAUUCUAAAAACUGUGAAUUACAACUUAGAGAUUAUCAUCCUACAUAAAAUUAAGUGAAAAAAAUGAUUUAGUGGCAUAGAUGAAUUACAAAGGAGGAUUAAAUCAGAAGUCAGGGCAGUGCGCAAAACUUCUGCAAAGAAAGACUAUUUCCUUGCUAAAAUCUACAACUAUGUGUUUAAGCUUUUCUGCAAGCACUGAGAAAAGGGGGUAGGGGAAGCUGUAAGUUACAGAAUUCACUGUGCCCAUGGGAUCAAACAGUCUUGGGCUGGAGGGGCAAAAGUCACCCUUGUGACUCACACAUGGUCCAACUCUGCUCACUAGGGUAGGGAAUUCACAGAGAUACCUGGAGUCAAAGUCAUAGCAAUAAUGCCCACAGCCCUGAUGAGCAGGACUGGACCAUUUGUGAGUCAUGUGGACAUCACUCUGCAUGUUUCCCUCUCAGAAUUGCAGUGGUGGCAAAUGCCUUGCCAUAAAAUCAAAACUUCAGGACCCCAAACACAUAUCUUUCUACACAAUCAAGUCUAAGGAUAUCCUCUUGUGAAAACUGAGAGAUGCAUUCAGCACUCACGCUUGACUAGAGGAUCACGUCAC